CCACAUUUAAUCCAACGGCCCACAUCCCAUCUCGGCCUUCAUUAUAAUCCCCAAUUUGUUUUAGCAUUCGAAAAAGAAGAAAAAAAGAAAAGGUGUUUUCGUUUUCCUCCCUCCAUCAUCCCUCACUGCCUGCUCUGCUUCUUCUCUUCUGCUUCCAUCUCCAACCCCCGUUUCCUCAUUCGCGCGCUCUCUCUCUCUCUCUCUCUACCGUACCCUUCUUUCUCCUUCCAUCGUAAGGUCUCCAUUCUUCUCGAUUGUCUCUCUCUGCAUCGUUUUAUGUUGAUCCCUGCGAGUUAUCGGAAUGGCGGAUCUGUUGAUUGAUAGUGAUUUGAGAAGCUCCGUUUCUGUUUACCUGAAUUUCGGGAUGGGGAUUGGGGAAGAUCUGUGGUUUGGUGGCCAUUGUCGUAUUUUCAGAACGUUUUGAUAGAUCUUCUAGCUCUGUCUCUGCUAAUAUUAAUACUUCCUUUUCGGGGGGCCUUUUGCUUAUUUGGAGCGAAUCAAAUGGUGUGGGGUUUGCGAUUGUGCAAUGGUUGGAUCUGAAUUAUCAAAGAAAAAAAUGUUGAUCGAAGUCAAUGAUGUUCAUUUUCAUUUGCGUUUGAUGAGUUCAUUCAUUCAUUGGUUCCUUAGGAACUAUCGCUUUGUGGUCUGUCUUCUUUUGAUUUUAUGAUUUGGGUCCUUCUAGGUUGCUUAUCCUUGUUAAUGUAGUUUCUCGACGUUUGCUGUGGCAAAUUUUAAUGGAUGGUGGUUGAUAAUUGAAGAUAAGAUGCUGCCAAUUGGCAUGAGGCCACCAUGCAUUUAUGUGAAAGUGAUUGCAGGCGCUGUAUUCCUUUCUAUUCUGUUCUUUGUCGACCUGCAUUGAUGAUGCUAUGUGCCAAUUUGAUCUUCUCCAAACGACUGGGAUAAUGUUUGCGUCUUUUUGAAGUUAUUUGCGCUAUAUUACUACCAGUGGAACAAUGUUUGAGCUGUAUGUGCUGAUAAAAGCUUAAAUUGCACACAGUAGAAGAUGGCAGAAUCCGAGGAUAUCCAGCCCCUCGUCUGCGAUAAUGGAACCGGAAUGGUCAAGGCUGGAUUCGCGGGAGAUGAUGCACCUCGUGCUGUGUUCCCCAGUAUUGUUGGUCGUCCCCGUCACACUGGUGUGAUGGUCGGCAUGGGUCAGAAAGAUGCCUAUGUGGGUGAUGAAGCCCAGUCAAAGAGAGGUAUUCUGACUUUGAAAUACCCAAUUGAGCACGGUAUUGUGAGCAAUUGGGAUGAUAUGGAAAAGAUUUGGCAUCACACCUUCUACAAUGAGCUCCGUGUUGCCCCAGAAGAGCACCCAGUUCUUCUCACUGAGGCUCCUCUGAAUCCCAAGGCCAAUCGUGAGAAGAUGACCCAGAUCAUGUUCGAGACCUUCAACACCCCUGCCAUGUAUGUUGCCAUUCAGGCGGUCCUGUCCCUGUAUGCCAGUGGUCGUACAACAGGUAUUGUGCUAGAUUCUGGUGAUGGUGUCAGCCACACAGUCCCAAUCUACGAGGGUUAUGCCCUUCCUCACGCCAUCCUUCGUCUCGACCUUGCUGGCCGUGAUCUCACUGAUGCCCUGAUGAAGAUCCUAACCGAGCGUGGCUAUUCCUUCACCACUACAGCAGAACGGGAAAUAGUAAGGGACAUGAAGGAGAAACUAGCAUACAUAGCUCUCGACUUUGAGCAGGAAAUGGAGACCUCCAAAACCAGCUCAUCUGUUGAAAAGAGCUAUGAGUUGCCAGAUGGACAGGUUAUCACCAUUGGUGCUGAGCGCUUCAGGUGCCCUGAAGUCCUCUUCCAACCAUCCAUGAUAGGAAUGGAAGCUGCAGGGAUCCACGAGACCACCUACAACUCCAUCAUGAAGUGCGAUGUGGAUAUUAGGAAGGACUUGUACGGAAACAUUGUGCUCAGUGGUGGGUCCACUAUGUUCCCUGGUAUUGCUGACAGAAUGAGCAAGGAGAUCUCUGCACUUGCACCAAGCAGCAUGAAGAUCAAGGUGGUUGCACCGCCGGAAAGGAAGUACAGUGUCUGGAUUGGUGGUUCCAUCCUGGCUUCCCUCAGCACUUUCCAGCAGAUGUGGAUUGCGAAGGCAGAGUACGACGAGUCUGGACCAUCAAUUGUUCACAGGAAGUGCUUCUAAGCCGUGUUCGGUUUCAGGAAGGGGAAAACCAGCCUAUGGAAGAACAAAGGAAGUACAUCACCUGUUUUGCAAUGUUUGCAAGAGGACGAUAUUGCAACCCUUUUCCCCUCCUGUUCUAGCUCUGUUAUCCUUCUUCUAUGUUUACGCUCAGGUGUUUGGAGUGAUGAUUUUGAGAAAGAGGUCACAAAUCGAGAUAGCCAAAAAAAAAAAAAGGUGCAAAUUGCUUUAUUUUACUAUGUUGAGAAGUUUCUUCUGAAUAUUAGAAUGCAAUUUUCUCCCAUUUUGCGCUUGUAAAACCCUUUGCUCUGUUUAUUCUCUUCGUUUGCAUUUACAUGUUCUCAAAAUAUAAGCAUCAAAAUGAAUUAAUGCA